AAAACCCCCUCCCUUUGUAUAAAAACCAAAUCUUAGUCUCGUUUUAUGGGAUCUCGGAGCGCCCUUCAUCUCCGGCGACGGCACCGCCAUUGAUUCCUCUCUCCGGCCUCGACAAAUCGAUUAUUUAUUUAUUUUUCUCUUUGUCUUUGUUUUGUUCGCCGUCAAAUUCGUCGGAACUCCGUUUCCGUUCCACGAGGUCUAUUUCCCCAGCUUCUCAUAUCACUUCUCAUAUACAGCGAUUCGGUGGUGGUCUUAUCCUUCUGUGACUUCUGAUCGAGCUAAUUCUCCUUCCCUCUUUGCUGUUGGUGUAUAAACCAGUAGGAUUUGUUAGGGUUUCGGUUUGCAGAUGAGGGAUCGAAUCGAUGAUGAAACGUUCCAGCAACUGUGCUAUUUGCGAGAAUUCUAAUCGCGCUUCGAUUUGCGCCACUUGCGUUAAUUAUAGGUUAAACGAGUACAACACGUUGUUGAAGUCACUGAAUAAUCGACGAGAUUCCUUAUAUUCGAGUUUGAGUGAGCUAUUGGUGGCAAAGGGAAAGGCUGAUGAUCAGAAAAACUGGAGAGUGCUUCAAAGAGAGAAGCUUUCGAGCUUGAAGGAAAAGCUUCGGCAAAAUAAGGAAAAAAUAGCCCAAGGGAGGGCUAGGAUUGAAAGAGAGUCUCAUGGCAUGAAAGCUAGAUACGAGGCUCUGGAUUCAGCUCGCUCAAUGCUGGAGAAAAAUAGAGUUGAAAAACUUGAGAAGUAUUAUCCUAAUCUAAUUUGUACGCAGACCCUGGGCCAUAUGGCAAUCACAUCGGAACGCCUUCACAAGCAGUCCGUGGUUAUGAAGCAGAUAUGCAAAUUGUUCCCUCAACGACGUGUUACUUUUGAUGGAGAGAAUAAAAAUGGUUCUACCGUUCAGUAUGAUUUGCUUUGCAAUGCCCGUCUACCAAGAGGUCUUGACCCUCACUCGGUUCCAUCGGAAGUGCUCGCAGCCUCUUUGGGGUACAUGGUCCAGCUUCUGAAUCUUGUGAUUCAUAACUUGGCUGCUCCUUCACUCCAUAACUCAGGUUUUGCGGGUUCUUGCUCCCGUAUAUGGCAGCGAGAUUCCUACAGGGAUGCUCGCCCUUCGUCUCGAAGCAACGAGUAUCCUCUCUUCAUACCUAGGCAAAACUAUUGCUCAACCAGCGUAGAAAAUUCAUGGACAGAUAAAAGUUCCAGCAAUUUUGGUGUUGCCUCCAUGGAAUCUGACCGAAGAGCACCCCGCCUGGAUUCUUUAGAGAACAAUAGCUUUAAUUAUUCUUUAGCUUCUCCUCAUUCAGUCGAGACACACAGAGAUCUGCAGAAAGGUAUAGCUCUUCUCAAGAAAAGCGUCGCCUGCUUGACAGCGUACUGUUACAAUUCAUUGUGCCUAGAAAUACCUCAUGAGGCCUCGACUUUUGAAGCAUUUGCCAAAUUAUUGGCCACGUUGUCGUCCUCCAAGGAGGUCCGAUCAGUCUUUUCCCUGAAAAUGGCUUCCUCGAGAUCAUGCAAGAAAGCUCAACAACUAAACAAAUCUAUAUGGAACACAAACUCUGUCAUCUCAAGCUCCUUGCUCGAAAGUGCCCAUAUCUUACCUGUUCCGAGAAACGUAAGUUACAAUAACCGUGAUCCUAACUCGGCGGCCAGUUUCCUGUCCACGGCCGAAACAUCUGAAGACGGGAAAAACGAAGGGCUUACCGAUGGAUGGGAUAUGGUGGAACAUCCAAAGUAUCCACCGCCACCAUCGCAGUCGGAAGACAUUGAGCAUUGGACUCGGGCAAUGUUCAUUGACACCAAGAAGCAAUGAUCAUAUGACGACGACUAUGUCUCAUCAUUGGAUUUCCUGAUCACUGUAUCUAUCUAACACAAAUUGUACAGAAACAGAAUUAGGUUCUGCUUUUGGGUUUCCUUGUAAGAACUGAACCAUACAAACUGCUUUUUUUUAGCCCC